CCGCACACGUCUCCACGGACGGGACUGUCGCAGAGCCUUGUCAUUCUGACUCGGGGAGCCCUGGAUUUCUCCCUCAGAGCUUCUGGCAGAAAUGUCUAAUGCAAAAGAAAGAAAACAUGCUAAGAAAAUGAGGAACCAGCCCACUAAUGUGACUUUAUCUUCUGGCUUUGUGGCCGAUAGGGGCACAAAGUACCAUAAUGGAGGUGGAAGACCUUUCCACCAAGCUCAAAAACAAGAGCCUUUCCCCGGAACUUCACGACAGCGGCAAACCAAAAUGACCCACCACUCCCCCGUGGAUCCUGAUGUGAAGGAGCAGUCUUCCUCCAAAAUCAUGUUUAAAAAGAAGGGAGGUUGGAAAGCAGGUCCCGAGGGCAUGUCUCAGGAAAUUCCCAAGUAUAUAACUGCUUCUACUUUUGCUCAAGCCCGAGCUGCGGAAAUCAGUGCUAUGUUGAAAGCAGUGACCCAGAAGUCUUCUAAUUCGCUGGUUUUCCAGACCCUGCCCCGGCACAUGAGACGGAGAGCCAUGAGCCACAACGUCAAGCGCCUUCCCAGGCGGUUGCGGGAGAUUGCCCAGAAAGAGGCCGAGAAAGCAGUACAUCAGAAAAAAGAACAUUCAAAGAAUAAAUGCCAUAAAGCUCGAAGAUGCCACAAAAACCGGGUGCUAGAAUUCAACCGUAGACAAAAGAAGAACAUAUGGUUGGAGACUCACAUCUGGCACGCCAAGCGGUUUCACAUGGUCAAGAAGUGGGGCUACUGUCUGGGGGAGAGGCCGACGGUGAAGAGCCACAGAGCCUGCUACCGAGCCAUGACAAACCGCUGCCUCCUUCAGGAUUUAUCCUACUACUGUUGUUUGGAGUUGAAGGGCAAAGAGGAAGAAAUCCUGAAGGCUCUUUCUCCGAUGUGUAGCAUAGAUGCAGGACUGACUUUCGCGGCAGUUCACUGCCUGUCUGGGAAGUGCCAAGGAAGUGUCCUGCUCUAUCGGGCAAACAGAUACCCUCGAGAGAUGCUGGGGCCUGUCACGUUUAUUUGGAAGUCUGAGAGGACCCCCAGUCACACUUCUGAGAGCAGGCAGUUGUGGAUCUGGCUUCAUCCAACGCUUAAACAGGAUAUUUUAGAGGAACUCAAAGCAGCGUGCCAGUGUGUGGAACCCAUCAAACCCACCAUCUGCACCCCCGGCCCCCUGCUGACAACAUCCGAAGAAAAAAGCCAAACUGAACUGCCUGAUGAGAAAAUUGGCAAGAAAAGAAAACGGAAAGAUGAUGGAGAAAAUGCUAAACCUGUUAAAAAAGUCAUCGGUGACGGAACUAGAGACCCACACCAGCCAUCUUCUUGGAUCUCCGCAGCCACAGGCAUUAUAAUCAGUGAUUUGACGAUGGAGAUGAACAGGCUCCGGUUGAUUGGUCCGCUUUCCCACUCCAUCCUGACCGAGGCACUGAAGGCCGCUUCUGUCCAGACCGUGAGAGAGGGAGAAGACACGGAGAAGACACCUCACCACUGGUGGAUUGAAACCUGUAAGAAUCCUGAUAGCGUUUCCCUUCAUCACAGACAAGAAGCCAUUUUUGAGUUGUUGGGAGGAAUUACAUCACCAGCAGAAAUUCCAUCCGGUACUAUUUUGGGACUGACUGUUGGGGAUCCUCGAAUAAAUUUGCCUCCAAAGAGGUCCAAAGUUUUGCCCAAUCCAGAAAAAUGCCAAGAUAAUGAGAAAGUUAGACAACUGCUUCUGGAGGGUGUGCCUGUGGACUGUGCGCAUAGCUUUAUUUGGAGCCAAGCUAUCUGUAAGAAUGUCACAGAGAAUAAAAUCUCGGAUCAGGAUUUAAACCGGAGAAGAAGUGAAUUGCUGGUGCCCGGGUCACAGCUUGUUCUAGGUCCCCAGGAAUCCAAGAUACCUAUACUUUUGAUUCAGCAGCCAGGGAAGGUGACCGGUGAUGACCGACGAGGCUGGGGAAGUGGCUGGGACAUCCUGUUCCCCAAAGGCUGGGGCAUGGCUUUCUGGAUUCCAUUUAUCUAUCGAGGGGCAAGAGUUGGCGGGUUAAAAGAGUCUGUGAUGCAUUCGCAGUACAAAAGGUCACCGGACAUCCCUGGAGAUUUCCCAGACUGCCCCGCGGGUGUUGUGUUUGCCGAGGAGCAAGCCAAGAACCUCCUUGAAAAAUACAAAAGGCGCCCUCCUGCAAAACGGCCCAACUAUGUGAAGCUUGGCACCCUGGCUCCUUUCUGCUGUCCCUGGGAGCAGUUAGCUCAGGAGUGGGAGUCAAGAGUCCAGGCCCAAGAGGAACCCUCUGUGGCCUCCUCUCCAAGUGGUGAGGACAGUGACUCGAGGAGAGACAAGUUGCCUUGCGCUCCCACACCUGAAAACACGGAUCUGUGGUCUGACGAAGGGGGCACAUCUCUGAGCAGCUGCAGUGAGCCCCGAGAAGCCAUGGACACAGAGUGCCCAGCCCGGGUGGGGACCGAGUGGGUAGCGUGCCAGGAUGCCACCGGCAGUCUCCUCUGUGUUCUGCGGAGUAGGAAAUGGCUGAAGCAGCUGUCGACCUGGUGUGGGCCCAGCUCCAGGGACAAGCGGGCAGCCCGGCGGGCUUCCGGCAGCGGGGAGCCAGCACUGACGAGAGCGGCCUGCCUGCCCCUCCUGGAGCGUUUCCCCAGGGCGCUGGUGUGGGUCAGCCUGGCCCUGCUGAGGAAGGGCAGCCCCGAGCCGCACUCCAUGAUCUGUGUCCCCACCGAGGAGGACUUCCUUCGGCUCCGUCAGGAUCAGCUGUACUGUGGGCCCCAGGAAUCCAAGCACAGUGACCCCUUCAAGAGCGAGAUUCGGAAGCAGAAAGAGAGGAAGAAAGUGGAGAAGAGGCAGAACAAACAGGCGCCCACUGAGCGUGAGGGUCUGGCCGGGGGCCCCCCUGCAGCCGGACACCAAGCUCUGACCCUGGGCCUGUGGUCAGGCCCCCUCCCUGGGGUGACUUCUCACUGCUCCAGAGUUCUCCUCGGCUUUGUCACGCAAGGAGACUUCUCCAUGGCCGUCGGCGGCGGAGAAGCCCUGGGGUUUGUCAGCUUGACGGGCUUGCUGGAUAUGCUGUCCACCCAGCCGGCAGCCGAGAGGGGGCUCGUGUUGCUGAGGGCGCCCGCCUCCCCGCAGUAUCGGUUUGCGAGAAUUGCCGUGGAGGUGUGAGCGCCCAUGGACACCCCACAGCAGAGACAGACUAACUGCUUGUUUGCCAAGUCCCCCCGUUGGAGAGUUUUGUUUUUGCCAUCCUCUGCUUCGAAAUAUCACACGAAAUUCCUUGGAAAUGAGAAUAAAGAUAAGGCAUUAUGCAGACGAAGGGAUACUGACAUCAUUCCGGUAAUCUCAUGGUAAUCUCCUGGAUUGCUUCCAUCUUUCCUUGUCCUUACUGUAACACUUGAAAAGUAUUGGGCAUGGAUAGCUUUUGUAUUGAUUUCUUGGUCUGUGUCACUCUUGCUGAAAAUCAUUAGAUGCUCUGUAUGUUUUCUUGUUCCUUUUUCAGUAGGAACAAAGGACUGUCAAGUGUAUUUGUAAGCCCUGUAGACACGAGAUAAGCAACAGUGGUUGCUUAACUGAUUGUUACAGGCGAGGGAAAGGCUAUAAACACUUGGCCUCUGUGCAUGACAUAGGGUCCCCCCAUCUGGACUAUGUUCGAGUCCGUCCUGGAAUCAGCGUGCCUAACACUUGACACCAUGCAGAAGGAAACCGUGGAAAAUUGCUGCCUGUUUCAGGCAGGCUCGGUGUAUGGCAGAGGGUUUCGGGUGGAAUCAGAAUGGGGCUCUGGUCUUUAGGACCCAUUGUCCCUUUGCUGUUGACCAACAGAUACAUGAUCCUAGAAGCUACUUGGUUCUUCUGUGCUUUUUGUUUCUGCAAAAAAUUUUUCAAAGCCAUGGAGGUUGGUUUCUCAAAAUAUGUUCUAUGAAGUGUGUUAUCUAAAAAAAAAAAAAAAAAAAAAAAGAUUCUAACUUCAUUGAUUUGGGAAACUAUGGGUUAAAGGAAGCUAAGCAUUUCUUUUUGGGGGAUUUCUAGAACCUUCCAUCUGAUAAUAUGCAUUGUGUCUCUCCAGGAAGCAGAUAACAGCCUACAGUAUUUUCUAAAUCUUUUUGAUUCCCAAACUCCUUUUGCAAGGAGCACUCUGUAGGACCAGUGUUUUUAGGGACACACUUUGGGGAACGUGGCCGUACCAUUGUAGUACUUACCUCUCUGACAGGUGAUUAAAAGGACGGCCUCUUUUAGACACUCAUGCAGUCACGAUGUCCACCUGACAAUGGAGCAGGGUGUCAAAGAGGUCUUGUCCUGUCCCACACAGGAGUGCCGUCAUUGCUUUUUUCACUUGCGGAGAAACUGGGUGCUCAUUCACGUUUCGUUACCCUGUGUGUCUCACACCCUCAGACCCUUGUCAUCCCGCCCCCCAUUUCUAGCAGAGCCCGAGUGGGGUUUGUUUCUUAAUUUAAAUGUACAGUUAGGCGUUAUUUCGUGUAAAUGUAUUGGGUUUUGCAGUAGCAGUCGUUAGAAAUGUCUCUGGGGGAGACGGGCUGCGGGGAGAGACAGCAGGUGUUCCAGUGGCUACUGAGCUGUCCCAUGUGUCUCCCUCUCACCAUGCCUCUGGAUGUAUUUGUGUCCAACCCAAAUGAGACUGCAAAAAAAUAAAGAAAGAAAGAAAAAAACACCAGUGUGACUUAGUGGUGUCUGUAAACAGAAUACAUUCAAAUGUCACCUGAUGUUCAGUUGUGAGUGUUUAUUGGGCCAUUCCUCAUUGGUUUUCUUGGCUCUAGGCCACUCCGUCUGUGGCUCAGCUCGCUGGAUGACAGAGAUGCCUGAGCAUGCCUUGAGUCCCCUAACCUCUUUCUGCCUAGCACCCCGCCUGGGGCCUGCCGCCCUGCCGUCACGACAGGACAGGGCACACUUACUCUGCUUUGUGUCAAAAGGCCCAGGAACUAUGUGCUGAAAGGAUAGAUUCACGUUUCCCAAAACUGGUUCAUGGGAGCGCUGGUCCCUGGAGCUGUCUCCUGGAAAGUGAUGGCCAGACAGAUUUGGGAGGGCUGCAGUCCGCAUUCUCCUCUCGCUGGUUCACACCACACGAGUGUCACCCAGCCCCUGCAGAUUCCAGGAAGGAAAUCGAGCUGUCUCUCCCAGACUCCCCCCUCUCCCCCGUUGUUCUUCUUUUGGCAUACCUGUUAUCCAGAGAACAUGAGUUUCAGGGAAUAUACUUCGCAGAAUCACUGACAAAAUCUGCACAUAUGCGGGAAGGAACCCAUUUCUCCUGUGAAAAGACACAGGAAGGGCGUUACUGUCCACAGCAAAAAAUGAAUAAAUGUGUUUAUUUUGAUUCUA